GCCUGGCUUCUGCUGACCAAAGUGACCAUGCCACCCAAGAAACAAAUCCCACAUCGUCAAGAUUUAGAAGAGAUUGGAAUUCAGAUUGAUGCUGGUGAAAUUUCUGAGUCGGAAGAGGAUGAGGAAGAUGAGAAGAGUAAAAAACCACAAAGGAAGAAAGGAAAUCAACGAAAUAAUAGAAAGAUAGCUAAAGCAUCUGAGGAGGAUGAGGAAGAUUCAGAAGAAGAUGCAAAGCCCAACCAAAGGAAUAAUAGAAGGAAACCGCAGAUCCAGAACAGGGGAAGAAAGAAUGGCAGGAACAAUAAAAAUGAAGAGAGUGAAGAAGAUAGUGAAGAAGAGGCUGAAAAGCCAAAGACAAGAACAAAAAACAAUAAAAAGACCAGUAAAACUAGUGAUGGUGAAAGUGAAACAGAAGCAAAAGGUAAGAAGACAGGAAAGAAUCGACCAGCCAAUAACAAUAGGAACAACAGAAACAACGCUAAUCAGAAGCAGAAGGAUGAAGACAAUAAAAAGGAAAAUCAAUCAAAUAAAAAAGGGAACAAGAAGGACAAAAACGCGAAAGAAAAUGGUGACAAAAAGAAAAAGAAGGGCAGGAACUCCAGUUCAUCUUCAUCCUCAAAUUCAUCAGAGAGUGAAGAGUCUUUGUCUGAAGGGGAGCUUGCCAAGGUUUUAGAAGAGGUAGAAGAGAAAAAGAAGCUUGUGGCAGUACUAAGAAACAAACCCUGGCGAAUGAAGAGGAAACUUACAACAUUAAAGGAGGCCCAGGGAUUCAUAGAGAAAUUUGAGGGAGCGAUGGGGAAAGGAAAAGGCAGAAAGUUUUAUGCCUACAAAGUGAUGAUGAUGAAGAAAUGGAUCAAAUUUAAAAGGGACUUUGAGAAUUUCAAGACUUCAUGCAUCCCUUGGGAGAUGAAAAUAAAAGAAAUUGAAAGUCACUUUGGCUCUUCUGUUGCUUCGUAUUUUAUUUUUCUACGGUGGCUGUAUGGCAUCAAUGUGGUUCUUUUCAGUUUAACCUUUGGCUUGGUUGUGAUUCCAGAGGUUUUGAUGGGCCAACCAUAUGGCAGCAUGCCUAGAAAAACCGUAACAAGAAAAGAACAACCCACAGCAAUGGAUUUCUCAGUACUUUGGGAGUUUGGGGGAUAUAUGAAGUACUCAGCCCUCUUCUAUGGAUAUUACAAUAAUCAGCGAAUGAUCGGCGUUUUCAAGUACAGAUUGCCCUUGUCUUAUUUUAUGGUUGGAGUGGGUUCCUUUGGAUACAGCCUCAUGGUUGUGAUCAGAACAAUGGCCAGGAAUGCCAGUGAAAGUGGAGUAGAUGGAGAUGAUGGAGACUUCAACUUCAGCUGGAAAAUGUUUACCAGCUGGGAUUACUUAAUCGGAAAUCCUGAAACAGCUGACAACAAAUUUGCCUCCAUUACAACCAGCUUCAAGGAAUCUAUUGUGGAUGAAGAGGAAAACCAAAAAGAUGAAAAUAUUCACUUAAGAAGGUUUCUGAUUGUUUUAGCUAAUUUUCUUAUAUUUUGUUGCCUGGCUGGAAGUGGAUACCUAAUUUUUUUUGUUGUGAAAAAGUCCCAGACAUAUGGAGCCCCGGAAACUUUGACGUGGUACCAGAAAAAUGAGGUUGACAUUGUCAUGUCCUUGUUGGGCAUGUUUGUUCCUCCAAUGUUUGAAACCAUUGCUAACCUGGAAAAUUAUCAUCCCCGUGUUGCACUGAAAUGGCAGCUGUGGCGAAUGUUUGCCCUUUUCCUCGGCAAUCUCUAUACUUUCCUCUUGGCUCUUAUUGAUCAAGUUAAUUCUCAGUUGGAAGAGGAAAAAAGUGUAAGGAACAAGACCCUUCAUAUGUUGAGCUCCUUCAAUUUGACACUUAACUCAACCUCCCCAACAGUUCCCUUUAUAGAUCCAGCAGAUUUCCCCAGAGGGCCUUGCUGGGAGACAGGUGUUGGAAUGGAGUUCACGAAACUUACGAUGUCUGACAUAAUGGUAACAUACUGCAGUAUAUUGAUUGGUGAUUUCUUACGUGCUCUGUUUGUCAGAUUUAUCAACUAUUGUUGGUGCUGGGAUCUGGAGUAUGGAUUUCCUUCAUACACUGAGUUUGAUAUCAGUGGAAAUGUUCUGGGUCUAAUCUUCAAUCAAGGAAUGAUCUGGAUGGGAACUUUCUAUUCUCCUGGCCUCAUUGGUAUCAAUAUUCUUCGGCUUUUGACGUCUAUGUACUUUCAGUGCUGGGCUGUUAUGUGCUGUAAUGUCCCUCAGGAAAGAGUUUUCAAAGCAUCCGGAUCCAAUAAUUUUUACAUGGCUUUACUAUUGUUGAUCCUCUUCCUAAGUUUAUUACCAGUCGUGUACACCAUAAUGACGUUCACCCCUUCGUUUGAUUGUGGGCCAUUCAGUGGGAAAAAUAAGAUGUAUGAUGUCCUUCAGGAAACUAUUGAGUAUGAUUUCCCAGCAUUUAUUGGCAAGCUGUUCAGUUAUGCUUCAAAUCCAGGACUGAUUAUCCCUGGAAUCUUACUCAUGGUCUUGGCCAUAUAUUAUCUCAAUGCAAGUUCAAAAACAUAUGAGGUAGCAAAUCUGGAGCUGAAAAAGAAGAUGCAAAUGCAACGCGAUGAACAAAAGAGCAGAAGGCACAAUAAAAACGUUGUCAAUCCUGUGUUGAAAGACUUGGAAGAUUUGCUACCAAAGAGAGGAAAUGUCCCCACUCCUGAGCCAGGAGCAAACGCAAGUGUGGACAAAAACAAAAAAGCCAAUAAACAGCCAGUCACCGGUGGAGGAACAAGAACCCCAAAUGGAAGAGAAGUGAGAUUGGCUCCACCACCGCGAAUGGUGGUAACAAAGCCACCAGGGCCGAGAUCAAUGGCCCAUUUACCAGGACAACCAAGACCAGGAGUCCCAGGGCCUCGUCCUCGUGCCCCUGUCCCUCGACAGCCAAGGCACUAA